UGCGGAGCAGGUCAACCCCCCCAGAGGAAGCCGCAGCAGCCCGGAGGCCCUCCGUGCAGCGGGACGACUGGACCCACUUCUACAGGCGUUUUAACGGUCCAUGCCCCGCUUUAUUUCAGACUCUUCACAGUGAAGCCAGCGUGCUCCUUGGUGGACGUUAGCCCGGUGAAGUUCCCACACCGGCUGGAGGUCCGUCCCGACAGGAAUAUGCUCAGAAAUACGAACGUUUUUUCUUCUCGUAAGAAGUGAAAAGGAGUUUUUCACGCAGCCGAAAGUAACGUGGACAUAACUUCCCCCAAAGUUUUUCUUUACUUCGUAUUCGGUGUGGACAUGGCUUGGAUCAGAUGGGGCCUUUUAUUAUUUUCGUUCGGUUUGUUCCUCUCCCCCGGUCGUGUGUCAGCGCAGCAACAGCCGCAGAUCCAGAGCGGCUUUAGGAGGCUGUACGUCCUGCAGCCCGGGCCGGGGCCGGCCGGGGCGGACGGCGGGCUGCGCGUCAGCUCCGUGUCGACGCGCCGCGGCGCGCCGGGGCAGCCGCACACGUACAACCUGGAGCUCACCGCCAACUUCGGCGGCCAAGUCCGGACCCGCAGGACGGGGAAGCAAGCCGCGGGGGCCCCGCACUUCAGCCAGCAGCAGUCGGACGUCCGGCCGAGCGGGCAGGAGCAGAGCCAGCAGAAAAAUGUCAUGAAGCUGUCGGGGGUCAAUGUGUGUGGAGGGCAGUGCUGUCAUGGAUGGAGUAAAGCUCAGGGAUCGCAGCGGUGCACAAAGCCCAAUUGCAUCCCUCAGUGCCAGAAUGGAGGAAUGUGCCUCAGGCCCCAGCUCUGUGUCUGCAAGCCUGGCUCAAAUGGGAAGGCAUGCGAACAGAAGACGGUGCACAACCCCCCCUUUCCAGUGCCGCCUGGGAGUGGACCCACCAACGGGCACACCACUGGACACACUAAUGGACACAAUGUGGUACCUCAGCGGCCCAUACCUCAGCAAGUGCCUCCCAAUGGCUAUGCCUCUGCCCCCCCUCCAUCAGGUAACAUGGCCCAGAUGAAGCUAACUGUCAAGCCGGCCCCGCAGCAUGUGCGACCACAUUACAUCCAGCAGCACAUCCAGCAGCAGAUCCGACCAAUGCCCAUGCACCCAGGUCAGAGCCAGCAGUAUGUUAUAAAGCCCAAAUACUACCACACACACACCACGCACACACAGAUGCAUGUCCAGUCUCAACCCGAGAGGCCGAUCCCCCUAACAGUUGGACACAACCCCAUCCAUGUGGGCAACCACACAGGAAGGAUCAAGGUGGUCUUCACGCCAACAAUCUGCAAAGUAACCUGCAUAGGAGGCAGAUGUCACAACAACUGCGAGCUGGGAAACACCACCACCAUCAUCAGUGAGAACGGCCAUGCUACAGACACUCUGACAGCACCCAACUUCAGAGUAGUGGUCUGUCACCUGCCAUGUAUAAAUGGUGGCAAGUGCAGUGCCAGGGACAAGUGUCAGUGCCCUCCCAGCUUUACUGGAAAGUUCUGCCAGAUGCCUGUUCAGAAUGGACACCAGCAGCACCAGCAGACCUCAGGCAGCUACAGCCAAACUCAGGUCCACUCCACACACACACUGCCGCUGACCUACAGCAACGGCCAGAGUCCUGUGUUCAGCCCCAGCUUUGUCAAUAUCCACAUCAAACACCCUCCAGAGGCCUCUGUCCAGGUCCACCAGGUGUCUCAGCUAGACAGCUACCACAACAACGGGCCCCAGCUGAAAGGCCCUCAGUCGGGUACCUCUUCAUCCACCAGCUACAGCUACCACCACACAGAGAGCAGCCAGAAGAUCCAGCACCAUGGCUACAACAUAGUUUAUCCCAACCAGCAUGGCUACCAGACCCCCCAGUACCAGCCCGUCACCUCCAAGAACACGCUGGGUCGCUGCUUUCAGGAGACUGCAGGGAGUCAGUGUGGGAAAGCUCUGCCAGGCCUCACUAAGCAGGAGCAGUGCUGUGGGACCAUUGGGACGUCCUGGGGUUUCCACAAAUGCCAGAAAUGUCCAAAGAAACCAUCAAUCCCUCUGAUAGAUUGUCCUCAGGGUUACAAGAGAGUCAACAGUUCUCACUGCCAAGAUUUAGAUGAGUGCCAGCUGCGUGGCGUGUGUCCGAAUGGAAACUGUCUGAACACCAUUGGCAGCUACAGGUGCAUGUGUAAACCCGGCUAUGUCCCGGACCCCACGCUCACCACGUGCAUAUCCAACACGCCCGCCAUCCAAGAGGAGAAGGGAGCUUGCUUCCGUUUGGUCAGCUCAGGGAGGCAGUGUUUGCACCCAGUGUCUGCCCAGCUGAGCAAACAGCUCUGCUGCUGCAGUGUGGGCAAAGCCUGGGGCCCUCGUUGCGACAAAUGCCCCCUUCCGGGAACAGCUAAGUUCAAAGAGAUCUGUCCGGGUGGAAUGGGCUACACUGUUCUACCAAAGCCACCUGUCAAUAAGCCAGUCACCGUUUACCAGGAGCCCAUUGAGCCGCUACCACCCCAGCCCCUGCCAACACCGGAGAGACCAGUAGAGGCGUUUGGGAAACCAGAAGAGGGUAUACCAGUAGCAACAACUGCACCAGAUCAGGAGCUGGUAGUUCCUGUGGUUAGUAAUAGGCCAGUAGUUGAACCUAUCCUACCGCAGCUAUCUCCGGGUGUAUCCACUGUCAAGAUCGAGGCAGCCUACCCAGAGGUUGUUGAGAGGAGCUCUCCACCUGCACCAGUGGAAAUCCUGCCACCUAAUGCAGGCCAGGACAUUGCUCCCACCCAGUCAGCUGAGGUGGAUGAGUGCCAGAUCAACCCUUACAUUUGUGGCCAGGGGAUUUGUUACAACACAGCUGAGGGUUACACCUGCCACUGUGAUGACGGAUACCGCCUGGAUGAUGCCCAAACCACCUGUAUAGAUGUUGAUGAGUGUUUGGAAAGCACAUCUUUGUGCUUUGGUGGUCGCUGCCAGAACACAGAGGGCAGUUUCCUGUGUGUGUGUCUGUGGGGAUUCCUCGCUGAUACAGACGGAACCAGUUGUGUUGAUAUUGAUGAAUGUGCAAACAGGACAGUGUGUCCUUCUGGUAUCUGCUUCAACGUACCAGGGAGUUAUAACUGUGGCACUUGUCCUGAUGGCUUCUUGGCACAGGGUGGCCAGUGUGUAGAUAUCGAUGAGUGCCAGGAUCAGCAGAUCUGCACCAGAGGCCACUGCCAGAACACUGAAGGCUCCUUCAUCUGUCAGUGUGGGCCAGGUUUCAGAGUGUCCCCAGCUGGAGACCAUUGUGAUGAUGUGGAUGAGUGUUUAGAGGAAGCCAGACCCUGUGAGGCUGUUGGGCAGUGUGUUAACAACUUGGGCUCCUACACCUGUACCUGCCCCCAGGGAUACCGACAGAUCAACGGCACCAGCUGCAGAGAUGUAGAUGAGUGUGCAGAUGAACCAGAGCUCUGUGCACCCCACGGCGAGUGUCUCAACACUGAGGGAUCCUAUGUGUGUGUGUGUGAGAGUGGAUUUACUGCCAACCUCGACACGCCCUCCUGUGAUGAUAUUGAUGAGUGUGGCCUGAAUGAAACACUAUGUGAACCUCACGGCUUCUGUGAGAACAGACUGGGCUCGUUCCGAUGCCUUUGUGACCAGGGCUACCAGGAGUCUCAGGAUGGCCAAGGCUGUUUGGAUGUGAAUGAGUGUGAGCUGCUGAGCAGUGUGUGUGGAGAGGCCCAGUGUGUGAACGUUGAUGGUUCCUUCCUCUGCGUUUGUCCCAGCGGCCAAGACUAUAAUGUCAUGAUCGCGAAGUGUGAGCCCAUUCCCACAGUGUCACCGGUGGAGCGUAAGGAGUGCUACUAUCGUCUGAACGAUGAGAACCUGUGUGAGAGUGUGCUGACCAGCCAUGUCACCCUGCAGGAGUGCUGCUGCACGCUGGGAGCUGGCUGGGGUGACAACUGUGAGGUCCAUCCCUGUCCAGUCAAUGGCACAGACCAGUUCAGUCAGAUGUGUCCAUCUGGAAGAGGUUUUAUUCCCAAUGGAGACCUGCUGUAUGGUGUAGCCACAGCUGAGAGCUACAAAGAUGCAGAUGAAUGCACACUGUUUGGCCAGGAGGUGUGUAAAGGAGGCUUCUGUUUGGAUACUGUGGGCAGCUACGAGUGUUACUGCAAGACUGGACAGGACUACGACCCCGCCAAAAUGGAGUGCAGAGAUAUCAAUGAGUGUCUGGAUGAGUCUGUGUGCCUUGGUGGACAGUGUUUGAACACAGUUGGUUCAUACAUGUGUUUCUGUACACAUCCCAUGGUGCUGGACCCCAACAGUAACCGCUGUGUCUUUGUUUCUGACGUUGCAGAGCAACAUGAGGUGGAGCAGAGAGAUUACCAGGGUAUCUGCUGGCAGACGGUGACAGAAACCAUGACGUGCACGAGGCCGCUGGCUCCCAACAGGAAGACCACCUACACAGAGUGCUGCUGUCUGUACGGAGAGGCCUGGGGCAUGGACUGUGCCCUGUGUCCGCCCAGAAACACUGAGGAUUAUGCGUCCAUGUGCAAUCUCCCCGUGGGUGAUGGGCGGCAGCCGUAUGGUCGUGAUGCCCUUGUUGCCAUCCCAGAUCAUGAAUAUGAAGUGAGCCCAGACUAUUCACCAUCACCUGAGCAGCAGGCUGUCCGGCCUUUUUACGACAACGAGGAGCAUCCAUACAGGGCGUUUGAGGGUUUGCGAGCAGAGGAGUGUGGGAUACUGAACGGCUGUGAGAAUGGUCGAUGUGUCAGGGUUCAGGAGGGUUACACCUGCGACUGCUUUGAUGGGUACACCCUGGACCUGGCCCGCAUGGCCUGCAUUGAUGUGAACGAGUGUUCAGAACUAAACAAUCGGAUGUCGUUGUGUAAAAACGCAAAGUGCAUCAACACAGUGGGCUCCUAUCAGUGUGUGUGUCUGCCGGGCUUCACCGCCUCUGACAAACCCAACUACUGUGUGGAGGCAGCAACACACCAAACAUCAACACACACACACACAGUGAGCAUGGACGGACACUAGGGGGCGACAUGCGACACUAAAACCACAUACGACAGCUUGUAUUACUAUACUUGUGAGGACGUCCACUGACAACACUCACUCACUGUCAAAUCCUCAACACCAGCCUUAUAGUUGAACUCCCUCAUUUGUUUGAAGUGUUCUGCAGCACUCCCAAACCCCAAAACACCCCACAACUGAUGAUCAGCAGUGACCUGGAGGAAAGUUAGGGAUUUGGGCGAGUGUACCUUUGAUAAUCUUUGAUAAUCUUUUCCCAAAAUCUUCAAAUCAAACCUCCAGAAUCCAAACCCGUAAUCUUUGCCUUUGAUUCAACCUGAUCUAUUCUAACCUUACUCUAUAAAUUAAAAACUCAUCCAAAUCCAGAUCUGCUGUUUUCCAGCGUCAUUCGUUUUACUCACUUCCUGCAUUUCCCCUCUGCACAACACUGUGGACCUUUUUAGUUUUUACAGUACUUCUGUUGGAAUAUAUUUCUUAUAUUUUCUUCAUUUUCCAAAGUGGACAUUUUAAAUAAACUUUUCUUAAAUAUAUGAAGAACGCCCAAUGUUAAGAACAAAAAGUAUAAUUUUUUUAAAAGACUUUUUACAUGCUACGGUGUUAACACUGAAACAUGCUCUGGUUUCUUUGGUUGAAUGAAUAGUUCAAUCAUAUUUGUUAAAAAGACAGUCUGGAGAACAAAAUGCAGAGGUCAAAAGAAGAAGAAAGCUAAAGCAAGACUUACAUCCGUCUGCUCUUGGUUUAGCUUGGAGAAACAUUCACAGUAACAGUCCUGUCUGUUGUGUUUCUGCUUUUCUGAAUCAGUAUGGGGCUCGUAGCAGUUACUGAAUGUUAGGGUGUCACUCAAUAAGCCAGAAACGUGUGCUGAGCCUGUGUUGUUUGAACCUCAUCCUAUCUUACUAUCACAUUGCAAAUAUCAUCAUUGAUUUUAACAAAAAUUAAUUUUCCACCUGUGCUUUUACUGCCAAGACAAGUCAAAAUGUCUGCUGUUUAAACUAUCUCUGAGUCGAAAGCUCUGUUGUGAGCAUGACAGAUCAAGACUAAAGCCGUGUCUGAAAUCACUCAUUCAGUAUUGCCUAUCUAACACACUCCACUUCACUAUACUGACCAGUACAUGGAGAAUUUAGACACUUAUGAGCCAGACUUUUCACAGAAAACAUAAUGCAUUGCAUUCUGGGCAUAUUGUAGAAGAAUUCUAAUAAUAUUACAGUUACCCCCCAAAAAAUUACUUUUUACAACCUUGAUGUCACCUCCCUACUGAUUUAAAAUCCAACAACCCAAUCAUAUCCCUGGACUCAUUGUCGUGCUCAUCACACAUGCACCUCACCAGCCAUGUGCAGGCAGUGGUACUAAGACACUUUCCACCGCAAAGCACACAACCUCAAACCUCCUGAAACAUCUUUUACAAAAGCACAACAACAUGAAGUUUGUGCAAAUACACCCCACCAAAGACAAGCCCUCUGAGGCCAUGGAGGAAGGCUGCAGCUCUACCUUUUUCCUUAGGAGACCCCUUUUCAUUGAGUGAACUCAUGCCCUCUGACUAAAUGACAUAUAUUAUGGAUAUUUCAGAUUCUAUGUAAUGCAUGACAGUAAUAGCACAGACAAACAGAUAAACUGUACAAUUAGGCAAAAUAGUGAAGGCGAAGCUGCAGGACGUUUGUGUAAAACAAGCAAUUUGGAUGAAUUCUGAGCAAAUUUUUCCCUGUGAAUGUUGCAUCAGAAAUAAGUUUUCCUGAUAUUUUUCAGAACAUUUGCACACGUUGGGGGAACACACACGUUGCUACGCUUUAUCCUGAUUACAUCUGACUGUGAACCCAAGGACACAUUGUGGUGGUGAAUUGCCAAUCACAAGGUAGCCACGCCCUAAAGCACACCCUGCUUUAUUGUCUGUUUUCCUCUAAAUGGGACCAGAAUUUAUAAAAUGAUCAUCAUGCUGUAUUGUAGGAGACUUUAAACCAGUGAUUGAGACCAUAAACGCAUUAGGAAACUGUUUACUGAGGUUAUAAAUCAGAAGGAGGGUCAUUUCCUCAAAAGCCUACAUGCAGUCGGCCGUCUUUUUGCAACUAGUGGAGUCACCCCCUGGUGGCCAUUAGAAAGAAUGCAGGUUCAAGGCAAUUCCACAUUCAUUUUUCAGACCUAGAAGCUCUGUCCACUUAUUAUGUUGUCUGGACUUCACCCCCUUUAAGUCAAGAAGGGCUUGUGACCCCCCCCUGAAAUUUUGUGUACCAGGUUGGGAAAAUUGUUUUCCAAAUGCAUAGUCCAAAAAAGUUUUAUAGUUUAGUCAUGCACAUAAAAAUUGCUUUUCUUUGCUGAGGACAAGUUUUACAAAUAUAAAACUGUUAAAAAUUCAUACUACAAAGAAGAGUAAUUUACCUUACUUGCAAUUUUUUGCAGCCUGUCAACAGUUUUACAGAUGUCCAUUUCUAUAACUGUGGUCAAUAGGGAAAAUGCUUUUUGGGCCACAUUAGAUCUUUUGUUGCUGUAACACGAGGGGCCACUGCAACAAAUGUGCAGCAGGGCUGAGUGGCAAUGCGAAUGGGAAACAUUUAGCAAUAAGUAGGCUUCAUGCCUUAAACACCAUUUCUCUUUCCAACAGGGAGAUUUAAGGGCACUGUGUGACUCACAUGAAAUGCAAUGCACAAGGUCUUAAAUAGAGAGUGAUUUCAGAUAUAGCCACAUGCUUAUGUUUAGCAGGUAUAAUAUUCACCGGUUUACUGUGUUAGCAUACUAACAUUUGCUGUUUCGCACUAAACAAAUCACAGCUGAGGUUGAUAGACUGUUGCUAGUUUUGCGGUUAUUUAGUCAUAAACCAAAGUAUUGGACAAACUCAAACUUUGACCUGAUGGUGGCACUAGAUGAAAAGGCGCAGGGUCAAAACUGAUCAUCCUCUGGGGAACAUGAAUAUCUGUACCAAAUUUCAUGGCAAUCCAUCAAUUGCUGAGAUUUUUCUAGUGUAAUUGAGUUGGAUCAAAGUGGUGGAUUGAAUGGCUGACAUUCCCUGGAGCUCAACAGCUCCCUGGAGCUCAUAAGUUUGGGAACCACUGCUUUGAAGAAUCCUUAUAAAAUUCCUCCCCAUGUAUUCAUUAUGUUGCCUGAGUAUCUAACUUAUCACUCUACAAGUAUGACGCAUUGUCAGAAUAAAUAAUAGUGUGUUUUUUUUACUUAGCUCAACAUUUGACAUUAUGGUUUAUACAUUUAAAGUUGUAAUUUUGACCAACUUUGACCCAAGCCCAGUCCUCGUUUUAUUACUGUAUUUUUAAACGACAUCCUCAAAAAAGUGUGAAUCAUCCAGUAUGCCUUAAAACAGAGCUUUAUCAUUUCCUUUCAUUCCUGAGGGGACAUGUGGUCCUUAAAAGUAUAGAAAUACAAGCACACACACACACACAGAAACACACACAUACACACACUUACUUAAUCAAAGCCCAUAUAUUCUGCACUGUAUAAGAUACACACUAAAUGAAACAAACAGUAAUUUACUUGAGAUGAAGAGUCAACUUAAUCUACUAUGUGGUGCCUAUGUGGGGGAUAGAGAUCAGAAUUGUAUAAAAUGUAUGUUUUGUCUGUUGCUUUUCUAAGGUUGUUUCGUAUUUUGUUUUUAAAUGGGGUUUUACGUGUGUUAUAAGAGACCAUGUUGCUCAUUUAACGUAUUGACAAACCCUAUGGACUUGUGCUGGGGGAUCCAGUUGUUAUUUUCUACCCAGUCAAACUGAUUGUGGAUAUUUAAUUCUGUGAAGAGGCCAGCUGUCUGCUCCCUCUCUUCCUCCAUCGCCAUCCCUCUGUCUGCCAUAAAGAAAAGCUUGUUUCUCCACUAGAGCAUCACCCAAUCAUUAACAUGCACAUUUUAUGUAUUACAGAAAGUUGCUAAUGUAAAGUCUUUGGAAUAAGCUUUGUGUUGGAUUUUGUCUUUGUUUUGUAAGACUGGUAAAAUGCAAUCGUACAGUUAAACUACUUGUUGUGUAGGGCAUAAGACAGUGUCACGUUUCUUAUAAAGAACUGAAAGACUUUUGUUUCCUGGUAUUCCUUCUCUUCCUUUCCCUUUGUGUGUGUUGAGAUGACUGAAAUGAAUUUUUAUUUUUCAUACCUCUCUUAUCUGCGUUUCACUGCAAAGUCUUGCCAGGUUGCACAGCUGCUAUGGGACAGCGAUGGGAGAGAAGACACUCGUGUACAUUUAAACAAGAGUUGACAAAACAGCUGAUGUAAUUGUAAUUUGUACAUGAAUAAAUAGCUUUUUCUAUGAAUUCAUAUACAGUGUACAUUAAACCCCUUUAGUAAUAAACUACAAAUUGUGAUAUUUA